AUGGCGACUCCAGACAAGACCCAGGAUGUAUGGGAACUAUCAGAACAAGAUUGCUAUGUUGCCUUAACACAUAAUCACCUCAAUGCUCAAGCCAUCAUGGAUCGUGUGCGCAGCCCCUCAGCUGGCGCAAUUGUCCUCUUUGCAGGUACCACCCGUGAUAACUUUGCUGGAAAGCCAGUCAAGGAACUACAAUACACAGCCUAUCAUCCUCGCGCUCUGAAGUCCAUGCUCACCAUCGCAAAGGACGUGAGUGAUAAGCAUGGCCUCCGCGGGGUAGCCAUGAUCCAUCGCCUGGGUGCUGUGCCCAUCGGGGAAGAGAGCAUCCUAAUCGCUGUUUCAUCUCCGCACAGGGAAGCAGCCUGGCGAGCGGGUGAAGAGGCUUUGGAAGAGUGCAAGUCCAAGGUUGAAGUCUGGAAACGUGAGGAGUUUGAAGGUGAGGAGGGUGUAUGGAGGGCAAACCGAGACGGAGCAGUAGGACAGCACGAGGAAGCGUGA